AUGAAGAAGAGUUAUUAAUUUAGAGCUUUAUUUUAUAAAAAUGCUGCUCUAUAAUCUCGAUAGAUAGGGACUAAUCUAUGCUAGAUGUUUACCCCUCUCUUGUGCUUAGGAUUUGUCUAUUUGAUUCAAGAAGUGGCAUUCGACUAAUUCAAGGGAGCUAAUUUUUCAUUGGAUUUUCCAUAUUUAUUCAAUGUCCCAGUUAUUUAUUCAGCAUUACCAGGAUUAUUGAAUUUGACAUGUUUACAAUGGUAUAAUAAGAUAAUAAUACAUAGGUAUUAUUUCAACAGCACUUAGUUAAGAGAAUAGGAUAAAUAAUUUUUAGGUUAUAAUGAUGGAAAUUAGUAAGAAUUCUGCAUAUAUCAAUAAGAUCAAUUGGACUUUUGAGACAUAUCCUUCAACGUCCUGGAUGUAGUUAUCAAACUUAAGAUCAUGAAAUGGCAUUUAAGAACGUGCCUUUUCUGUAGUAACCCAAUAGCACUAUAAAUUUGGAUAUUUAUCAUCAAAUAGAAUAUUUGCACACAGUACCUUUUGUAAGAGGAUCUGAUCUAUAAGGUAUUUAUAUUAUUAAAUGAUAGACCUUUAUUUAAUACCUGAUGGUGCAUAUACAUUCUUUGAGGCUAAUGAAAAGAAGAUUAAUAUGAGUAUUCAAGUAAAUGAUAUCAGAUUACAUGAAUAUCACAGAAGUAAUGGGAUAACAAAACUCAGGUAAUCCUUAAUAUGCAAUAAACUUUAUUAGAUAUUAAAACAAGGUGUAACCAAAUAAAACUAAUACGAUGAUGUUAGUUGCUGAAGGUUAAAUAGCUACAAUUGAUCUCAUUUCAAGAGCGUUACUUCAUUAUCAUAAUCCUAAUGUUUGGUUAGUAUCUGGAAUUGAAUAUAUGCCAUUAAAAGGAUAGGAUAAAAGUUUCUUAUUAAAAUUGAUCAAUGUUAUUGGAGCCAUGCUUUAUCCAUUAUCACUUUCUCUCUUACUUCCUGUUUUUUUGUAUGCAAUUGUUUUAGAGAAAGAAGAGAGAUUAUUAUAAAUGAUGAAAAUGAAUGGUAUGAAAAUGAAGGAUUAUUGGGUAUUAUAAUAUCUAUUUUCUGGAUUAAUGACCCUUUUGACAUUUUCACUCUUUCUUUUUACUGGUUCAUAUCUAAUACAAUUAGCUCUAUUAUCAGAUACAAAUCUUACACUUCUAGUAAUCAGUCAUUAUAUUUAUAGAUUAUAGUCUUAACUGGAUGGGGUUUAUGUUAAAUUUCGUUGUCCUUUUUUUUCUAAGUCUUUAUUAGUAAAGCUAGAACUGCUACCAUUAUUGGAUAUUUACUCUCAGUAUGGGGUUCAAUAAUUGCACUUACUACUAAUCUAGCCAUUUAUCCAGAUCCUUAUGAAAUUCCUAUCUAUUUAUAAAUGAUACCAUAAAUAGCCUUCAAUAGAAUUAUUUAUAUUUUUUCUAUGGGUAAUUAUCUACUUUAUUCAUUUCAGCUUGUGCACAAACAGGUUGUAUAACUUAAAUAAGUCCUCUGACUACUGAAAUUUAAGGAUGCAUUAUUUCACUAUAUGUAAAUUUCAUUUUCUUUGGACUCUUGGGUGUUUAUUUACAUGAAGUAAUUCCAUAAGAAUUUGGAGUUUCUAGUGAACCUUGGGUGUUAAGACUUUUUAAAAAGAAAAAAAUAGAAUUCAGGGAUGAAGAUGAAUACAGAAUUAAUAUCUAAGAUGCUUAAGAAGAUUAGGAUUCUAAAAAUGAAAGAGAAAAAGUAUAUAAAAUUAAAAACUACGAAGAUUAUCCUCUUAUUUGUAAAGAUUUAAGAAAAGUAUAUUAAAAUAAUGUGGCUGUUAAAUGUUUUUGUAUAGCAGUUGAACAUGGAGAAAUAUUUGGUUUAUUAGGACCUAAUGGAGCUGGAAAAACCUCUAUUUUAUCAGCAAUUACAGGAUUAUAUACAUGUAAUGAUGGAGAAGCAUAUGUGGGUGGACAUAGCAUUAAAACUAAUAUGCAAUCUGUUUAAAUGAAUAUUGGAGUUUGUCCAUAAUUUGAUUUAUUAUGGCCUGAAUUAACAGUUGAAGAACAUUUAUUGUUUUAUGCUAGAUUAAAAGGAAUAAACAAAUAAAAUGAACGCAUUAAAGUAUAAUAGAGUAUGUCAGAAGUCAAAUUAGAACCUUAUUUCAAUUAUUAUGCAAAUCAACUUUCUGGUGGUAUGAAGCGAAGAUUAUCAAUUGCUAUUGCACUUGUUGGAGAACCAUUAAUAAUAUUUCUUGAUGAACCUUCCACUGGAUUAGAUCCUGAAAAUAGAAGACAACUUUGGGAUAUUAUAUCACAAUGUAAAGGAAAAAGAGCCAUGGUCUUAACUACUCAUUCAAUGGAAGAAGCUGAUGUUCUUUGUACUCGAGUAAUUUAAUUUUUUUAACUCUAUAUUAGAUUGGUAUCUUAAGUUCUGGAGUUCUCAGAUGUAUAGGAAAUUCUACAAGUUUAAAGAGUAUGUAUGGAGGUGGUUAUCAUCUAUUUAUUAGCUCUCAUAAGGAACUUUAUCUUUAAAAAAACAACGAUGUUCAUAAGUAAAGAAUAUAUUAAGUUUAGUCAUAAAUAUUAUUAAACUAUGAUUAAAAGCUUCUUAAAAAAGAUUUUACCCGAUGCCAUACUUGUUCAAGAAUUUAAUGGGAACUUUAUUUAUUAAGUUGAUAAAAAUAAAUUAGUUGUAUCAGAAGUUUUUGAGUGUAUAGAGUCAAAGAAAGAGGAACUUAGAAUUUAAGAUUGGGGAAUAAGUUAAGCUACAUUAGAGGAUGUUUUCAUGAGAGUUGUAGAAAUGUGA